UAGAUUACCUGGCAGAUGUGCUUCUUGAMAUGAUKGGAAGCGGCAAAGCUCAACCUGCACAGGAACCGAAGGACCAAAAAUACACAGACCAAAUGUCAAGGAUUGCUUCUCUUAUUGAAAACUUGAAUGACAGCAGCCAUUCUUUGUCAGGGAUGCUUCUCCCAACCGAACUAUUUGGAUGUCAGUUUCAGAUGAACAGUUGUGGAAUUGAAAACUUCACAGCUGUUCGUAAUAUAAGGUACGCUCAAUGUUAYACCUUUAGGCCCACCAAGUCAAGAGUGGCUGUUGUCGGCAACUUGUWUGGAUURCGAUUAAGACUUCACGUYCAGUCACCUUGGUAUCUCAAGAACUCUAAUGAACCAAUUGUUGGCCUGAAUUUACAUGUCCAUCGACAACACGGGCAACAAAGCCUUGAAUUCGAGGGAGUUUUAGUUCAACCGGGUGUCCAUACUUCGUUUUCUGUACAAAGGAAAGAUGUCAGAUUCGCUUACAGAAACAUCAUGAAUAGCCGUCAUAAAAGUAAGAGUUAGUCACCGAGA